AUGAUUGAUGACUCGCAUCUUGCAACCGUUAUUGGGAAAUGUGUGCAAGUAUUCAUCGACGACAUCAUUGUGUAUUCAAGAACAUUAGAGGAACAUGUACAACAUUUGGAGCGUGUAUUUGGGAUAUGCAAGGAGGCGAAUCUACGUAUCAAGUUGGCGAAGUGUUCAUUUGCAAGUGACAACGUGGAAUACUUGGGUCAUCAAAUCACAAGACAAGGAUUGAAACCAACAGACCGCAACGUUAAGAAGGUUUUGGAUAUGACAGCUCCAAAGAACAAGAGUGAGGUGCGAUCCUUUUUGGGCAUGGUGGGCUAUUAUCCAAGGUUUAUUCCAGCUUUUGCGGAGAAGUCACAUGCUAUACAACAACUUACAAGGAACAAGGUGGAUUUUAUUUGGGGUGAUGAGCAAGAAGCGGCAUUCAAGGUGUUGAAGGAAGCGUUGGUGAAUCCACCUGUAUUGGCGUAUCCUGAUCCAACCAAGGUACAGAUUUUGACAACCGAUGCGUCUGGGAAAGGAAUCGGUGCAAUAUCAUCACAGUCAGCAGAUGGGUCAAGCGAUGGUGAACAGGUGAUAGCUUAUGCUUCUCGUGCAUUGCGUGGUCCUGAGGUUCGAUAUGCGACAACUCAUGUGGAAGCUUUGGCGAUUGUGGCUGGCAUGUAUCAAUUUCGGCAUUAUCUACGGGGACGCAAGUUUGUAUUGUACACCGAUCACUCCGCUUUGACAUACAUCUUGAACAACCCGUCACCAAGCCCGAAGGUAUCAAGAUGGUCAGCUGCAACCAUUGAAUAUGACUUUGUGACUAAGCAUCGAAAAGGCGAGAGCAAUCCAGCGGACGCUUUGUCGCGGUUGGUGGGGUGA